AUGGUCGCUAGGACCGUUCCGUCAAACGCCCUUUCCACCAGUCAUGUUUGCCGGACAAUCGCUACUUCCGUUCUAAACCUCCACACAAAGCAUCCGCAGUUCUUAUGGCACGUCUUUCCACUUCACACUGGGGAUUUCAGUGGCCUAUCUCCAGUUGGGUUAUUCUCUGGCACUACGCGCAGUAAAGGAUUCUGGCUACGUCAA